UUCUAAUUGGUUGGAUUAUUUAAUGAAUAAGCAUGUUCUAUCUCUUGUUUGAUUAAUUUAUGUUCUAUAUUAUAUUAAUGAUAAGAUAAUCAUAUACGAAAACGAUUGGGAUAAAAGCACUGUUGAAUUGAACGUAUAGUUCAGUUGUAAGGAUCGCUAUGAGGUCGCUACUCACUUGCCUCGUCACUGUCUGCGUGGCAGCGGCGUGUGUCCGCGGGGACCGGUACCACCCCGCGGACCCUGGCAGCCGAGCUGCUGCCACCGUUGUGAAUCGUGCCGAGACCUCUGCCAACUAUUGGGCCCAAGAAGCGCAGGCAGCUAUCAAAGCCCGGCUGGAGCGCAAAGAGAGCGUCAAGAAAGCACGCAACGUGGUCAUGUUCCUGGGCGACGGCAUGUCCGUGCCCACACUCGCGGCCGCGAGGACACUGCUCGGCCAGCGGCGUGGAGAAACCGGCGAGGAAGCCAAAAUGAAUUUUGAAAAAUUUCCCACUGUUGGUCUGGCUAAGACGUACUGCGUGAAUGCCCAGAUUGCAGACUCAGCGUGCACUGCUACAGCGUAUUUGUGUGGUGUUAAAACAACUUACGGGGCUAUUGGAGUGAACGCGGAGGUGGCGCGAAGGGAUUGCGACGCGUCCACCGAUACUAGCAGACACGUCGCAUCUAUCGCCGAGUGGGCGCUGGCAGACGGCCGCGACGCUGGUGUCGUUACGACGACUCGGAUCACCCACGCGUCACCCGCGGGAGUGUACGCUAAGGUGGCUGACCGCGACUGGGAGCACAACCAGGCAGUGCUGAACCACGGCCACGAUACUGAUCGGUGCCCUGACAUUGCGCUCCAGCUCGUGCACAAGCACCCGGGAAACAAACUCAAGGUUAUAUUUGGUGGAGGAAGACGAAACUUUUUGCCAAUAGACGUCCGAGAUGAAGAAGGAGAAGUCGGGCGCCGAACUGACAACCGAAAUCUCAUCCGCGAAUGGUUGCAAGACAAGGAAGAUCGCAAUGUUACCAAUAAAUAUGUUUGGAAUCGUCAGCAGUUAAUGAGUCUUAAUGAUGAUCUUCCUGAGUACAUUUUAGGACUUUUCGAGAGUAAUCAUCUUCAGUACAACCUGCAAGCUAAUCUUACUACUGAACCCACGUUGACUGAGCUAACUGAGAUAGCAAUCCGAUCCCUGAGUAGAAACGAGAAGGGCUUCUUCCUGUUCGUGGAAGGCGGCCGCAUCGACCACGCUCACCACGACAACCUCGUAGAGCUAGCGCUGGACGAGACGCUGGAGAUGGACAAGGCCGUGGCGCGCGCCGCCGAGCUGCUCUCAGAGGACGACUCGCUUAUUGUGGUCACAGCGGACCACGCACACGUCAUGGCUUUCAAUGGGUACUCGAGACGGGGACAUGACAUCCUCGGCCCUUCCAGAGACUUGGACGAAGACGGAGUGCCUUACAUGACGCUGUCUUACACUAACGGUCCCGGCUUCCGGGCGCAUGUGGACGGCAAACGCCCUAAUGUCACCGCCGAGUCGGAUUACCGAGGUCUACAGUGGGAGGCCCACGUAGACGUUCCACUGGAAGACGAAACGCACGGUGGGGACGACGUGGCGGUGUUUGCGCGCGGGCCGCACCACUCCAUGUUCACGGGGCUGUACGAGCAGAGCCAGCUGCCGCACCUCAUGGCGUACGCCGCCUGCAUCGGCCCCGGCAGACACGCCUGCAGCGGCGCCACGCACGUGCUGGGCCAGCCUGUCCUGCUCUUCGCUCUCUUUAUAUUGCUUACUUCACUAUUCCAAUUAUGA